AUGGGCACCCAGCUCUUGAAUAAACAGUCGUCCUGGGAGUCUCUGUCAUCGAACUUUUCCAACCUUGAGAUCUCAUUCUCCCAGGACAGCUGUUAUGGCUCGGACGAGAUAUCUGUCGCGUCGACUAACCCAACUUCGGUGAAUACUACGACCGUUACGCCUUCAUCAUCUAUCUCAGAGGCACCUCCUCGUCCCGCCCCGAAAUCAAUCUUGAAAAGACCCUACUCGGAAAUAGAGGAGGACGAGAAGUCCGAGUCUGGUUAUGCCUCCGAGGCUUCUGACCAUGAAUUUGAUGAUUCCUCGGACGAAGAGGACGAAGAUGAAGACGAAGAGUACUACAUCACGGCGUGGGACUCCGACUCCGACGCCAUGAGCGAUACCGAAGAGGAGGAGGAGGAGGAUGAUGAUGAUGGAUCUAUGGAAUGUUCAUUUAUCUCCUUCGAAUCCAAUGUACGAUUUGAUCCCAACGUGGUCUAUAUCGAAACCCCCAAAUGUUCGUCGGAGGACACAACCGAUGCCGAUAGCGGAAUGACUUGCCAUGAGAUCAUGGAACGCGCUCGCGCCUUGGGCCAGAAUGCAUCAGAGGACCCCCUUGAUGACCUCGACCUCGACGACAUUGAAAAUGACACCCAUGCGAUUUUCUACGACAUUGUCCGGCAGCUACCCGAAGAACACAGCCGUGACAUUGUCGACCUGGACAAGCGAAUCUUUGCAGCCUACAUGAACGGCAUUAACGGGGUGGCCGAUUCCAGUUACAAGUUGCGGCUGCACGAGCAGGUCGAGGACAUCGUAUCGGGCGGGGUGCAGUCACCGUACAUGAAGUCCGACAGCCCCUGUGGGGUUUAUCUGGACCACGCCCUCAACCACGUGAUUGGGACAUUCCCCCACAUCCUCAUCGCCGGCGAGCUGGACGAGCUCAUGCGAAUGAGUGACGAAAAGAAGGCCGACCGAUGCACCCAGAACGGCCUCGUGGGAAAGAUCGAACACCUUCUUUCGGAGCGUCUCGCCAGUGACAGAGUCACCAUUGGAGCGGACGAGCUGUGCUUCUUCGCCGGUGGGAUUGCCUAUGCGCUUGAACAUUGGAAAACGUGCCUUGGACGGUGA